ACAGACAAAUGAUGUAACACACAGAAAGUUCCGGACUAGCGAACCUAAAGGUCGACAUAAGGUAGCCUGCAGAACUGCGUUUUUAUCAGCCAGAAAACUCACAAAUAUUACCAAGAAUUAAUAAAAUGCCGAGAGGAAGCAGAAGCAGAACAUCCAGGAUGGCCCCUCCAGCCAGCCGGGCCCCACCACCACAACCUAUGGCCAGGGCUGCAUCCCCUCCCUCCUAUGCCCCGGCUCCAAUGCAUGCCCCUCCAUCUGCUGUGGGUGCUCCAGCCUCAGCGCCCAAGCAGCCUGGUAUGUUUGCCCAAAUGGCGACUACAGCCGCUGGAGUGGCGGUGGGCUCGGCGGUGGGACACACCCUCGGCCACGCCAUGACUGGAGGCUUCGGUGGAGGAAACUCGGAGCCGGCCAAGCCCGACGUCACAUACCAGGAGCAGCAGCAGCCCAUGUACCAGCAGCAGCCACAGUCCAUGUACCAGCAGCAGCCCCCUCAAGGGCAACAGGCCUGCUCCUAUGAGCUCAAACAGUUCAUCGAGUGUGCCCAGAACCAGAGCGACUACAAGCUCUGUGAGGGCUUCAGUGAGGUGCUGAAACAGUGCAAGUUCUCUAAUGGUCUAUCAUGAGACUGAGACAAAGCCCUGGAGAGUGAAGAGCACACACACAAACUGUAAUGAGCCACCACGCUGGAUGAAUACUAGGAGUGUUUUAAGAGAUCAAUAAACGUGCUUUAUUUUGACAGCUGAUCAUCAUUAGACUGCAUCAUUGUGUUCAUUCUCAGGACAGUGCUGCAGAGUUUGUAAUAAUAGUCGUAUAAAUAAUGUUUAUAUGUUUUGCUGCAUUUUGAUUUGAGUUGUUGUCAUCAGUGGUUUCCAUUAUCUUCAGUGCUUUUAAUUUAUAUCGAUGAACUGCACUUGUUUUUCCAUCCUCUGGCUCAUCGAUGUAUGCGGUUUGUUUGCAACAUGUUUAGAUUAACAAAUAAUAAAGCACUUCAAUCAUAAAAACC